GGCGUACAAUAACAGGAAAUCACAACAUUAGUGCUGCAACCGCCGGUGUGAUGCCCUCUGUCAUUCAAAAUUAAUAGUCUUUCUUCUUCUGUAACCUACAGUGGGUGACACUUUUUGGGGAAAAAAAGAAUGUCAGUCUGACUUCAGGGAAACACCAUGCUCCAAGCCAAGCUGACCAGCCAGUUGACUCUGAAUGCCCUGAGGAGGAUUCACCAUGGAGCCUACCCCUGUCUUUACUCACUGUCAGACUGCUUCCUUCAUAAGGAUGGAGUAAGGACUAAAUAUGGUCUCCACUCAGACUCCAGUGUGUUGAGAAGAGUGUUUUACAGCAAGAGUGCAAUCCGCCCAUCAGUCAGACUACGUGAAACUCAGAAUUAUGGGAGAAGAUCAUUCAGUUUAUCAGCUGCUACGAUUGUGAAUUCAGCACCAGCGCCUGUCCAGCCAUACCUCCGAUUGAUGAGGCUCGAUAAACCUAUUGGGACAUGGCUGCUGUACCUCCCAUGUACAUGGAGCAUUGCUCUGGCUGCCGACCCUGGGUGCCUCCCAGAUCUGGGGAUGCUCACCCUGUUUGGUACAGGUGCUCUGCUAAUGAGAGGAGCAGGCUGCACUAUCAACGACAUGUGGGAUAGAGACUUCGACAAAAUGGUGCUCAGGACAGCCACUCGACCCAUUGCCUCUGGGGAGAUUUCUCGAAUGCAGGCACUAGUCUUCCUGGGAGGGCAGCUCUCUCUUGCACUUGGGGUUCUCUUAUGUCUCAACUAUUACAGUAUAGCUCUGGGUGCUGCUUCGUUAUCUCUUGUCGUCACCUACCCGCUAAUGAAGAGGAUCACAUAUUGGCCACAGUUUGUGCUAGGCCUCACCUUUAACUGGGGAGCGCUGCUCGGCUGGUCCGCUGUGAAGGGCUCCUGUGAUUGGUCUGUGUGCCUCCCGCUGUAUUUCUCAGGAGUGAUGUGGACGUUGAUAUACGACACUAUAUAUGCACAUCAGGAUAAGGAAGACGACGUCAAAGUAGGAGUCAGAUCUACUGCACUGAGGUUCCAGGAGCAAACCAAACCUUGGCUGAGUGGCUUCACUGUGGCCAUGAUGUCGGGACUGGUUGUAGCUGGGGUCAGUGCUGAACAGACUCUCCCUUACUAUGCUGUUCUGUCCACAGUGGCCAUCCACUUAAUGCACCAGAUUUACACAUUGGACAUCAACAAACCCGAAGACUGCUGGAAGAAAUUUGUCUCAAACAGAAACCUUGGACUGCUGUUAUUUUUAGGUAUUGUUGCUGGCAAUUUGUGGAAAGAGAGAAGAGAAACUUUGCUGCAAAAUGAGGAUGCAAUCAGAUGAGUGAGAUAAUCAGUUCACGGCAUAUUUUAUUACAUUCAUGGUACAUCACAUACUACACACAGUAUCUUUUGGGAUUUUGACAAAGCUCCAUAAGAGAUUAAAAAAAAAGAUGUACUGUAAGCGGUGUAAUUUUAAUCCACACAUUAAAGUAUCUGUAUACAUUUCUUGCUCAUAAAACAUAAUUUACAGAUGUUGACUUAAAAAAAUCAUGUAUUUUGAGGUCAAAUCAAAUAAUAAAUACAUUUUACAUAUAUAGUGAA